GGGGUUGCCGCAUUUCGGUUCCUCCCUUUUCACAAAGGAGCCCCCUCUCCAGCACAGCCUGCAGCUGUCUCCUGUGGUCCCGGGUGUUUUGGGGUGGUUUGUUUCCCCCACACAACAAUUUGUGUAAAAGGGAUCCCCGCUGAAAUCAAUUCUUCUGCUCUUUCAGGAAGGAACCAGCUCUCGCUGACUGUCCCCAGAGAGCGGGGUUGCCCAGGCAAGAACGUGACAGGAAAAACGGCAUCUUUACUACCUGAUACAUAACAUCAGGAACCCACCAGCGUUAAAUGUUACAAAGCAUGGAAGACCCUCAUUAGCCCGGUGGGCUGGGGUGCUCCUGCACAACACCCCGUUUUACCUCUCAGCGUUCAUAUUUUCCUUGUGAGUUCUCACAGACGUAAAGGAUCGAGGCAUGUGACGGGAGAGCGUCUGGUCCGCGCUGCCUCGGCCAAGCCAGGAAGAGCCUCCAGCCUGCAUGGACAGGGCGACAUUUGCCUGCUCCACCGCCUUUUUCCGUGACUACAGCAGUUCGUCCCAGAGCGCCUUCUGCCUCCCCGCGGGACACGUUGACUUUAUUGAUAAAGUCGAAUCGUUCACGUACUCAGACUUUUUCCGCGAUUACCUGAUUCCCAACCACCCCUGUAUUUUCUCAGCAAAAUUCACUGAUGGCUGGGGCAGCAGGAGAAAUUGGGUUACGUGGGAUGGAAAGCCUGAUUUUGAUCACCUGCUGCAGAAGUUUGGAGACGCUAUAGUACCUGUUGCCAACUGUGAUGUCAAGGAGUACAAUUCGAACCCAAAGGAGCAGCUCCCCUUCAAGGAGUACAUAAAUUACUGGAAAGAGUACAUUAAAAAUGACUACCGCUCAUCCCGAGGGUGCCUUUACCUAAAGGACUGGCACCUGAGCAGAGCUUUCCCAGAGCAAGAUGUUUAUACAACGCCCGUGUAUUUCUCAUCCGACUGGCUGAAUGAGUACUGGGAUGCUAUAGCGGUGGAUGAUUACCGGUUUGUCUACAUGGGACCUAAAGGUUCAUGGACUCCAUUCCACGCUGAUGUCUUCCGUUCCUAUAGCUGGUCAGCCAAUAUAUGUGGGAGGAAGAAAUGGCUGCUCUACCCGCCAGGACAGGAGGGCUACCUGAAAGACCGCCACGGCAACUUGCCCUUCGAUGUCACUGCACCUGGUCUUCAGGACAAGAGUGUUUACCCUCGCUACAACCAAAGCCAACCCCCUGUAGAAAUCGUGCAGGAAGCAGGGGAGAUAGUCUUCAUCCCCAGUGGAUGGCACCAUCAAGUUUACAACCUGGAGGAUACCAUCUCCAUUAACCACAACUGGGUGAACGGCUGCAACGUAGCUAUAAUGUGGUGCUUCCUGCAGGAUGAAUUAGCAGCUGUCCAGCGGGAAAUCAAUGAGUGGAAGGACCCUAUGGAUGACUGGCACCUUCAGUGUCAGUUGAUAAUGAAAUCUUGUACGGGUAUAGACUACAAGGAGUUCUACAACUUCCUCAAAGUUAUUGCAGAGAACAGGAUUUCUAUCUUGGAAAAUGGCCUCGAUGACGAAGCUUCAGCAAAAAACACUCCAAAAGCUGCCAUUUCCACCUUGGGCAUGCUCCACGCAGUGUUUGAUUUAAAGAGGACUGUGAAGGUGCUAACAUCAUUGAGUGCUAAUGAAGAUUUCAAGAAGCUAGACCUGACAUCACUUUCUCCACCUCCGGAGGCGUUGCUCCACCACUUGAAAGCAGCAAUAGAUACAGCGCUACUCUAACUUCCUAUUUAUUCAGUUCUUUGUAAAAAAAAAGAACCUUUUGCAAAAUGGGUGUUUGUAGAAGAAUGACUCCUCCCUGUGUAAUAGCGGUUGCAGUUUAAGUACAAAGAGCCUUAAUAUAGAGUGGGGAGAGAGUACAUUCAUGAGAUGACUGAGUACUUUUUAAACUGACAGCAGUUAAGUAUCUAGAAUAAUUAGGAAAAAAAAUAUAAUGGGGAAAAAAAAUCAUAUUAUUAUUGUAGAGUCUGAUAAAUUGAGCCCUGCUGGUAGAGGAACAGGAAUUGUGGAGCAAGUUUCAGUCUGGCAGGGCUAAACACUGGAACUGCAGCGGUCUGCAGCAUAUUCCCUCUGCUUCUGAAAGCACAGCACACUGAGAACUAACCGGCGCUGCAGACUCCGGCAGUUAAGCUCUGCUUUGAAUGGUCUCAGUGAAAUUAUUUUAAGACCUGUCCUGCCUCCGGGUGUCACUUGGACUUCUUAGAGGACCCUAGUUAGCUCCCCUUGAAGCCUGAGCUGGCUCCCCAGAUGCAGCCUGGCUGUGGAAGAGCUGACUGUGCUAGUUUCUUACACAGUGGAGUCUCCCUAAAGCUGAAAGCCUCAGGUAGAACAAGCCUUUGUUCUGCUGCAGCGCCUGCAGGACUGAUUUUAACAUAGCAGGAAGAUGUCCUGCUAGCAAACCUACCACUAAUAAUUUUAACCAUGCGAUCCACCCAAGCUCAAAAGAAGCUUGAAUGUACUCUCUCAUUUCUACACACUAUUUCAAGGCGCAGUAUUUCAUCAAGUAGAGACUUGAUUAAUCAGGGAAGCUAGCAAGUAGCCUAAUAUUAUCUCCUUAAAAAAA